CGGCGGCAAAGAGGUAAAGUCUUCUCUGUUCUACGGUUUCGGGGUUUGAUUUUGGUGUGUGACGAACGAUCAAGUACGUGUCAAAGGCUAUGGGGAAUUUACUUCAGAAUCGUGAGGGAUCUGCCACUACUCAUCUCACACCUCACGCUUUCAAAGGCAAGCAGAAACAGAUUGGGCAGGGUCGCCAGAGAGAAAUGUUUACACACUUUGUGUCACUUCCGUUAGCUACAUAUCCUGAGUUAAACAAAAAUCUUGAGGCUUUUCAGAAUUCUAUUUUGGGUAACAACAAUAAUGAUAAGAUUCUUCCAGUCAAGUUUCAGAAUAAUUUAUCUCAAAUGGGAAUCGAAAAAUCGAUUUUUGUUUCCCCAAAAACUUUCCAUUUGACUGUGGUUAUGUUAAAGUUAGAGAACAGUGAAUCUGUGAUUAGAGCUCAGAAUAUUCUUAAGAGUAUUUCUUCUAAUGUGAGGCAGGCUUUGAAGAACCGACCUGUCUUCAUUAGACUCAAGGGAUUGGAAUGUAUGAAUGGAUCUUUAGACAAAACCCGUGUUCUCUAUGCUCCUGUUGAAGAAGUUGGGCAUGAGGGUCGCCUGCUAAAUGCUUGUCAUGUUAUCAUUGAUGCAUUUGAAAAUGCUGGAUUUGCUGGUAAAGACGCAAAGUCACGCUUGAAGCUACAUGCCACGGUGAUGAAUGCAAGCUACAGAAGAGAUAAAAGCAAAAAGAUGGAUACUUUUGAUGCGCGAGAGAUACACAAAGAGUUUGGGAACAAGGAUUGGGGAACAUAUCUAAUCAGAGAAGCUCAUAUCUCACAACGCUUUAAGUAUGACCCGAAUGGCUACUUCCAUUGCUGCGCUUCACUGCCUUUUCCACAUAAGUGACACUGAAAACGAUCAAAACUCCUCUUAAAGGUUUUGUUGUAGCAAAAUUUAUCGGUGAAAAGUGAAAACGAUGACAGUGUUGGUAUAUAUGUCAAUAUGUAACUGUUUCUAUAUAAUGUGUAUGUGUGACAGCCAUUGGUAACACUAUGGGUUGUAACUUGUGUUUGUAAGAUAAGUUUUGGACGGUGUAUAGUAUUGUAAUGUACACAUUAUAUACAGACGUCAUUUGCUAGACAUGACCAUA